AUGAGAAGUGUAUGCAGUAAAAGACGCUUCAACAAGCACAAACCGUGGAUUGAAACCUCAUACCAUGGUGUCAUAACGGAGAACAACGAUACUGUCAUUCUGGACCCACCGCUUGUUGCUUUGGACAAAGAUGCACCUGUACCUUUUGCAGGUGAAAUUUGUGCUUUUAAAAUCCAUGGACAGGAAAUGCCCUUUGAAGCCGUAGUGUUAAACAAGACAUCUGGAGAAGGUCGACUUCGAGCAAAAAGUCCAAUUGACUGUGAACUACAGAAAGAGUAUACAUUCAUCAUCCAGGCAUAUGACUGUGGUGCAGGUCCUAGCGGAAUAAACUGGAAGAAAUCGCACAAGGCAGUGGUGCACAUCCAGAUCAAAGAUGUGAAUGAGUUUGCUCCAACCUUCAAGGAGAUGGCGUACAAGGCCACAGUGACUGAAGGAAAGAUCUAUGACAGCAUCCUGCAAGUAGAAGCUAUGGAUGAAGACUGUUCUCCACAGUACAGCCAGAUAUGCAAUUAUGAAAUUGUCACCACUGAUAUACCAUUUGCCAUUGACAGAAAUGGAAAUAUCAGAAACACGGAGAAGUUAAAUUAUGAUAAGCAGCAUCAGUAUGAGAUUAUGGUCACUGCUUUGGACUGUGGCCAAAAGCGUGCAGCCGAAGAUGUCUUGGUCCAAGUUGAUGUGAAGCCAGUUUGCAAGCCAGGGUGGCAAGACUGGAUCAAGCGGAUUGAGUACAAACCUGGAUCUGGCAGUUUACCUUUAUUUCCUAGCAUUCACCUGGAAACAUGUGAUGGGCUGGUAUCCUCCAUCCAAAUCACCAUUGAGCUGCAGACCAACUACAUUGGAAAGGGCUGUGACCGGGAGACAUACUCUGAGAAAUCCCUUCAGAAAUUAUGUGGAGCCUCAUCGGGGGCCAUCGAUCUAUUGCCUUCCCCCAGCACAGCUGCCAAUUGGACCACAGGGCUUCUGAUAGACAACAACGACAUGAUCUUCAAAUUUGAUGGCAAACAAGGAGCCAAAAUCCCGGAUGGAAUAGUCCCGAAGAACUUAACUGAUCAGUUUACCAUCACGAUGUGGAUGAAGCAUGGCCCCAGUCCUGGCGUGAGAGCAGAGAAAGAAACUAUUCUCUGCAAUUCUGAUAAAACAGAAAUGAACCGACACCACUACGCUCUGUAUGUGCAUAAUUGCCGCCUUGUGUUUCUUUUACGGAAAGAUUUUGACCAAGCUGAUACUUUUCGGCCGGCGGAGUUCCACUGGAAACUUGAUCAGAUCUGUGACAAAGAAUGGCAUUACUAUGUCAUCAACGUGGAAUUUCCCGUCGUGACUCUAUAUAUGGACGGAACAACAUACGAGCCUUACCUGGUGACCAACGAUUGGCCGAUUCACCCAUCCCACAUAGCUAUGCAACUCACAGUCGGUGCUUGUUGGCAAGGAGGUGAAGUCACGAAACCCAGAUUUGCUCAGUAUUUUCACGGCAGCCUUGCUAGCCUCACUAUCCGUCCAGGCAAAAUUGAGAGUCAGAAAGUGAUUUCCUGUUUGCAGGCCUGCAAGGAAGGCUUGGAUAUUAAUUCUCUUGAGAGUCUUGGCCAAGGAAUAAAGUACCACUUCAACCCAUCCCAGUCUGUUGUUGUCAUGGAAGGAGAUGACAUUGAGAAUAUAAAUCAAGCUCUUCGAAAGGUCUCAUAUAUCAACUCCAGACAGUUUCCUACUGCAGGUGCACGGCGGCUGAAAGUCUCAUCUAAAGUCCAGUGCUUUGGGGAAGAUGUCUGCAUUAGUAUCGCCGAUAUAGAUGCCUAUGUAGUGGUUCUUCAGGCCAACGAACCCAAGAUUACAAUAAGUGGAAUGGACCACUUUGCUCGACCAGCUCCCCAGUUUGAAAGUGCAAAAGGAGUGACUCUCUUCCCUGAUAUCAGAAUCGUUAGCACUGUCACCAAAAUGGAAGAGCACAUGGCUUUGGAAGAUGAUAGAGCAGCUAAGCCUAUUGGAGUAGAGGAAAUGCUUCACAACUUGGACUUCUGUGAUAUCUUGGUCCUUGAAAAAGAACUUGACCCAGCCCAAGAGUGUUUGGAACUAGACUACAGCGAGCUGCAUAUAAAGCAUCUAGACGCCACAAACUCUACCUCAGGCUAUUCCAUAUAUGGCGUGGGCACAAUGAAAAACUACGAACACGUUCUGCACCAAGUUCGAUAUCGCAAUUGGCAUACAGAGACCCUCUCUGAUAGAAAGUUUAGGAUCAAGUGUUCUGAACUCAAUGGACGAUACACCAGCAAUGAAUUUAGCCUGGAGGUGAACAUUCUGCACAGUGCUAAUUCUAAAGAUGGAGAGCAUGCAAAUCAUAUGGCAGUGCAGCCUGAAUUUCUUCAGGCUGUCCAUCUCCCAGAGCCAAGUAUCCACAAUCCACAGAGAUCAGUCAUUCCCAGUAUUGCGACUGUGGUAAUCAUCAUCUGCGUCAGCAUACUGAUCUUCAUUGUGGCACUCGGGGUCUUCCGAAUCCACUUGGCCCGCCAACACUGCUCUGAGGAAGGGGAAGUUACUAAAGAAAACGAAAUGGACUGGGAUGACUCUGCACUCACCAUUACCGUCAACCCAAUGGAGAAAUAUGAAGAGCCCGGUCAGCCGGAAGAGGAAAGUGAGGACGAGGAGGACGAGGAAGCAGAUGAUGAUGAUGACGAAGAAACCACCAGCGCGGACUCAGAUGGAAGCGAAGAGGAGGAGGAGGAAGACAAUGCAAUUGGGAGAGCUAAACCUAGUGGCACCAGGCAAGAGCAGCUGGAGUGGGAUGAUUCGACGCUCCCAUAUUAGAGUGCUCAGGCCUCCCGGGCUCCUUUUCUAAACACCAAUACAAUGUAUUUCUGAGUCUAGUUAAACUGACAAUAUGAGUUAGAUGACAGGAUUUGGAUUUGAUUGCCUAGUGGAGCUACUUGUAAUUGUCACUUUUCUCACCGUUAGUUGAUAAAUCCCAAUGUGAUGCCAUCAUGGCAACUUGGGGUCCGAUGCACGCCUUUACUUUCUCUCCUAGACCCAGUUUCCACUCACCGUAGGCGAAGAGUCCUGUCAUUCAACUCAUAGAGUUUGGCCUUUGCUAUUUUUUCACAUUGGAGGAUUUCAGCUUGUGACGUUCCUUGUUUCUGUGGGUCCGAAUGAUGAGGUAGCCCUUUGGUUUCACUUUACUCUGUGUCUAAUUCCACUUUCAACAAAAAGACAGAGCCUUAUUUUUAUGGUGACAAAGAUGAUCUGUUUUCCAUUGCCUUUUCUUACCUCCUUGAAUGUCAUCUGAAUGGAAACCAGAAGUGUUGAUCUCAGUUUAGUUUUGAAAGUCAAAUCCUCAGCCAAUCCACCCCGAUGGCUGUUAUGAGAUGGCUUUAUGUAAUUUCCAUGGACCUACUGCUCACUCCUUCGCACAUCAGUUGCGAUGUGGCAGUGGAAAUUCAGAUUCCAUCCCAGUUAGGCCAGAUUACAGCAGAUCAGCACUCUCUGAUUCACAUGUUCAACUGUUACCUUGCUGCAUUAAUGGGAAACCACUUAUUUCCUACAUCAGAACUGCACAGGGCUAUAAUCUAGAUAAAUAUUUAAACACUAAACCAAAAUACAAAUGAGGGAAAGGUUUCAUUUGGCCUGUGGAAGGACUGAUUACAUGACAGCAACUAGAAUUUGUGUCAAAGCGUAACCCGGGAAAGGUGAUCUGCUUCCGUUUUUGCUCUUCUCCUAUCAGCUUGCUGGUGGCACAUAAAAGUUUCUUAAGCUUUACCUCCUUUGCAUCAGUGCCCUCCUGUCCUCAUUCCUUCUUUCUUGAAGAAAGCCUUUCUUUCUGAAAGGUUUCUGUAAUAAUAUUACGAUAAAGUUCAAGCAAAACAUGGAGAUAAAAAGUCCUGGGGUGCGGGGGGACCGAGGUGGUGACUUCUCAUGUUUAUUCACUCUGGAAAAAAAGGAUUAGAAAAAAGGGGUAGGGCGAGAGAACAUGUCCAUGAGCCAUGAUAAGGCUGUUUAUUUUUAAUGUAAG